AUGAGUUCCGAUACGAUUGAGCCUGCUCUCCUUGCGAGAUCAUUCCAUGAUGAUACCUACGACCAGAUAAUCGAAGCCUCUGCCUUGGGCUCCGGACAGCUGCCACCUCUACGAGAGGUUGUUGGUCACGAUGUCCCAAGUCGUCGGAACGACACUUCAAAACACAACGAACAGUCCACGGCGAGCUCGUUCUCUUCACAAAACAAUGGUCUGAGUGGGCCAACAAGUAGCCAGGAAAUUUUGCACUUGGGCAGUGGCACACAGCAAGUUCAUGGGAUUAGCAGUACAAACCGAGCUUUGGGUGACUCCUCUCCGCAGUCCUUACGGAAGAUAUUGGGCAAGGAUACAGAUACCACGGUUGGCAGGUCCUCAAAGAAGAGACCCAACGCCGAACCUGCGAAAGAUGAUUUUGUGCAGCUUCCACAGCCACCCAAGAAACAAAAGACUGCCACACAGAUUGUGCCUCCCAUCAUCAGCGGUCUUCACGAUAUCCCCGCCGCCACGGUUCCAUAUAAGUUUCCCAGGAUCGAGUCUGGCGCAUUUCAUGAUAGCAACGGUAGAAACAGCUUAAACACCGGUCUUCCGCCUACAAUCAUACCUGCGCCUCAGAAUGACUCUAAUGUCGGAAUUGUUGUGUCUACCAUUGAAUCGCAGGAACCAAUUGCACAGGAGGCUAAGAGGAAGAGGAAGGUCAACGGACAAAGAAGGAAAUGGGGAAAAGAGGAGACAGAAUGGGUGAUACAGGGUGCUCACAGGCAUGGAGUCGGUAGCUGGACUGAUGUUCUGAAUGAUCCGGAAUAUCCUUUCGUGAAUAGGACAGCUGGUGAUUUAAAAGACCGUUUCCGAACUGUUUGUCCCAGUGGAGUGCUUAGAGACCUAGAACGUCGAUCACUUACUCCUAGUGGUCCAGAACAAGAAAACCCGGUCAGCAAAUCGCUCAAGUUUCGCGGUCAUCGAAAAAACGUAGUUGACCUUAAUCAACUCGGGAUCGAAACUCCGUUCAAGAAAUCAGACCGACGUGAUAGAAGAAUGUUCACCGAAGAAGAAGAUCGUGAAAUUCUCAGGGCACACAGUAUAUACGGCACUCAGUGGGCACGAAUAAGUCGGGAUUCGCAAUUCAGCUUUCAAGAAAGAACUUCGACGGAUCUCCGAGACAGGUUUCGGAACAUUAGGAAAAGUAGGGAAAAAGCUAGUCCACCACGACAAUCGUCGAGAAAGACUCUAGAGAAACCAUGCAGUGGCGAAACAUUGUCAGGUGGACACCCAUCAUCAAGCUUGGCCAUACCGAACCAGGAACCUCUGGCUCUGCAAUCUUCAACACUCAAUUCAGGGGAGCCACGCAUUCCGGAGGCUCUAUCUAGGCACCCCUCGUCUUCGGAUCUUCAUUCUCAGAGUCAAGGGGUUCUGAAGCCAAUGGAACCUUGGACGAAGGAGACGACCCAGGAGUUCCGCAACAGAGAAGGCAUAUUGAAUGCAAAUAUCUCCUCUGUAGACACCUUGCAAGCUCAAGGAACCUCGAACAAAGCGAACGAACCGUGGAUGAAAGAGUCGACCUCAAGCAGUCGCAGCAAGUACGAUCUCUCAAACGGAUACCACCCAGCAUCAGACCUUGACCUCCGUGCCAUAUCCCUCAGCAAAACAGACGAGACCUGGGCAAAAGACUCUCAAGUCCCAGCAACAACCCACCAGCCCUCUGGUAUCAGCAUUCAAGAGAUCAUCUCUACCGAGCAACAAGACCCCCGAACAAGCCUCUUCACUUUCUCUGAGACUAGCAACCCCUACCCCGAGCAUCCCCUCGAGACAUCCGAGUCCCUUCCUUACACCCAAGGUCUUGACUGGAACUCCAACAUGUCGAUCCCAACCCUCAUUAACGACGUAGACCCCAGCCGUCUCACCAACAGCAGUGGCUACGGUGAGAUGGACGUCCAGCGUAUCCUACAAAAUGGCUGGGAGGGUGAUAUGGCCGAUUCGAGUGUGCAGGGUCUGAGCGGCAAGGGGAAGCCGAGCUUCACAGACAUUAAUAGUAUCUUGUCAACUAAUGACGAGCCGACCAUGGGGAGUCAGCAGCCAAGUUUCUUUACGAACUUGCUGAAUGCUGAUGGGCCGUUGGCAUUGGAUGACCAACCUGUGUGGUCGUAG